AGAGCGCGCGCACGCGCCGCAAUUCUGAUGGGCGCGCGGAAGAUGAUGAUGAGAGCGUGACCUCACCGCUUUCUGCACAGCUGCUGGAGAGAGGAGGAGACGCUCGGAGAGCCACGGACAAACCGAAAACACGCCGAAGGAGACACGGAGAGGUCCAGGACUGCCAGGACUUCGGGGGGAAAAGAGGGGGGACGCCGUCCGCGGUGGACACCUUUCGCUGGUUCACCCCCCCACCAGAAUGCUCUGCGCUCCCGGAUCGUUUCCACGGUACGAGAAGAAAAAGUCCCCGCGGCGUCUCCGCGAACACUGAAGCCCAGAUGCUCGCCCUCUCCGCCGACAUGGACGACUCCUCGUCGCUGCUGGAUCUGUUGGAGUGCUCGGUGUGCCUGGAGCGCCUGGACACCACGGCCAAGGUGCUGCCGUGCCAGCACACCUUCUGCCGCCGCUGCCUGGAGAACAUCGUCAGCUCCAGGAACGAGCUCCGCUGCCCGGAGUGCCGCAUCCUGGUGGACUGCGGGGUGGACGACCUGCCCGCCAACAUCCUCCUGGUUCGGCUCCUGGACGGGAUCAAGCAGCGGCCGCAGCGGGGGGGCGGCAGCAGGCAGUCCCUGGCAGGGGGGUCGCUGCAGGGGUGUGCAGCCGGGAUAUCAGCCUCCCCUCCGGGCACUGCAGUCAGAGAGCUGCCGGUGUCCACCAGGAGCUCCCCUGUCAAGAACAUCCCAGCGCUACCGUGUGGUAAAGCCCUCUACUCGUACGAGGGCAAAGAACCGGGGGACCUUCAGUUUUCCAAGGGUGACAUCAUCAUCCUGCGACGCAAGGUGGAUGACAACUGGUACCAUGGCGAGCUUAAUGGGAGUCACGGUUUCCUCCCAGCAAGUUACAUCCAGCUGCUGCGGCCACUGAGUCAAACCCCACCCCAGGGCAAAGCGCUGUAUGACUUUGAGGUCAAAGACAAAGACCAAGACAAAGACUGUCUGGCCUUCAGCAAGGAUGAGGUGCUGACAGUAAUCAGGCGAGUAGAUGAGAACUGGGCAGAAGGCAUGCUGGGAGACAAGAUUGGCAUCUUCCCUAUUCUCUACGUGGAGUUAAAUGAAACAGCAAAGCAGCUGAUGGACAUUGACAAACCAAUGCCAGCUAAUGCACCAGGUCCCAGCUCUGAGCCAGCCCCACUGGGCCCCUGCUCCCCCGGGCCCUCCCCCGUUGCCUCCCCGUCUAAUGGAAAUGGCUCUGGCCACAGGAGAGGCGAGGGGAAGAAAAACGCGAAGAAGCGACAUUCAUUUUCUGCACUAUCUGUGAGCCAGAGAGCUGCCCAGUUCAACAACAGACACAGCAUGGAGAUCUCUCACCCAGUCCUCAUCAGCUCCUCGGACCCCAGAGCUGCCGCACGCAUUCAGGAUGCAUCUCCUCCAGGUCCGUCCCCCUCCUCGGUGGGUGUACCUCUCCCCCCCAAAGUGGCAUCUCUAACAUCAGAGCUGCUGGCCCAUGCCAAGGUGCAGCUACCACUCAACAUAUAUUUGGCCCUAUACGCCUACAAGCCUCAGAAAGCUGACGAGCUGGAGCUAAGGAAAGGGGAGAUGUACCGGGUGACAGAAAAGUGUCAAGACGGAUGGUUUAAAGGCACAUCACUGAGAAGCGCUGCCUCUGGAGUCUUCCCGGGAAACUACGUCACUCCCGUGUCCAGGGCUCCUUUCGGACUUAAUGCUACUCGUGGCUCAUGUUUGUCCAGCCCAGUUGGUGGAGGAGGAAGUGGGAGCACUCAAGUGGCGAGUAAAAUCUCAGACCCUUCAUCUCCAGGAUCCCCAGGCCCCUCUUCGUCUCGUCCCGCCACCCCGCUCACGACAUUGGCAAACUCUAGCAAUGGCGUCAGCCCCGCCUCUUCGCCACAAACCGCCGCCGCUCAGCUGAAGAACUGCCUGCGGUCCAGUCAGCAUACGGUUAACCAGGCACGCACCUCAAUGCAGCUGGUCCACAGCCCCCCUGCUGGGAGCCCCGAGCGCCCCUCUGUGGCCAUCAUAUCCCCUCUGCGUCCCCAGAGCCAGUCAGGUCGUCCUCUCUCCAUGGUGUCUCCAGGACCCAGCUUAGGCCCCUCCCCUCUGUCCUCCCCGGCUUCACGUCCCAUCCUCCCCCUCUCCUCGCCUCUCUCCUGUCUCACACCUCCAAAUGUGUCAGCCAUAUUCCUCAAUGGUGAGCCGGGCAGCCCACUGCAGCCUCCGUCACCUGGUCCCUCCCACGUUGUCACCCAGGGUGUUCUCGCACCCAAAGCAGAGAAGCCUCAAAAGGAGAGAAAAGCUGCAGGUUUGCUGAAGCUGUUGUCAGGGGCCGCAGCCAAAAGGAAACCUCGCUCUCCCCCAUCCUCACCACCCACCCACGGCCCCUCGCUGGCUGGCCCAGGCGCCGGACCCAACGAUCCAACCCACCGUCCUCACUAUCAUCACCACCACGGUCGCUCCGGCUCUUGUCCAAUGGCGUCGCAGGGCCGGGCCGGCUCCUGUCCAAUCGAGAGCGACAUGUCGGGGGCGAUAGGGCUGGAGCCUCUGCACAGGAAGUCCGGAUCCCUGGACACAAACUUCCCAAUGUCGCCCCCGGCUACACGAGCAGGCAGUGCUCUUCUGGUCCUCCAGCCUGAACCCAAACCCUUGUCAAGAGAGAGGUUUCGUGUGGUUGUACCUUACCCUCCUCAAAGUGAGGCUGAGAUCGAACUACGGGAAGGGGACGUGGUGUUUGUUCAUAAGAAAAGGGAGGAUGGUUGGUACAAAGGCACCCUGCAGAGGACGGGUCAGACGGGUUUGUUUCCUGGCAGUUUUGUUGAGAGCUUUUGA